AUGGCCGGCCCUGUUCCCGUUCCAGCUCCUGCGCCUCUCCUCACAAUGUCGAACACGAUGACGCAUAAUCUCGAGGUCGCCGAUGCCGAGGUGGGAAUCGACGCACAGGAUUUAUCAAUCAAGAUUCAAUACUACACCGACUACCAGUGCACCAAGUACAAUGUCGAGUUCACCAUUCAGCCCUCUAGAUGCUACAACUACCAGUACAGCGGCACCCAUUCGGCCAAUGCAGUCUCGUGGGGCGAGGUGGCCGAUACCGUGCUCCGCUGCAGAUUCUACAGCGGCCGGGACUGCACAGGAGCAGUCCAAGGGGGAGAGUACGAUCAUUGUGCCGGGAAUCUCAAUCGGUACGAGAGUCUCCGGUGCGUUUACGAAUACUGA